GAUUGUUUUUCAGCUUAUAAACUUCUUAUUUUUCCUUGUAGAAAGGGAUUUACUGUACCCUGGUAGUGUUAAGUUUAGUGUUUGCAACGUCCUCUGAUGAUAAGGUGUCUGCUGAGGAAUGUAGUAAGUAUUAGUUACCCUAAGAUUAGUAAAAUUACUAACCUUGAGUUACCCUCAACUAAGUAAAAUUAUACUGCUAGAAGUAGAGGGCAAAACUUUAGUUCAGUGAUCAUCAAAGAGAAACAAAUUAAACCAAUACCACUCUGUCUAGUUAGAUAGUUUUAAAAGCAGCAUUUUUUGAGUUGCCUCUGUGUAUGUGUGUCUCUUCCUUUAUUGUAUUUUGCCUCAUACAUGAGGAUUUUAAGAAUCCUAUAGUUAAUAACAGAGUGUAGAAAAAUUGAAUCUAAAACAGAAUGUUAAAAUUUAAAACAUAAAUAUCAUAUUUUCAACCUUUCAAAGUAGUUUAUGUUUGAGGUCAGGUCUUUGAUUAACUUGGGCAUGAAAGUCAUUCUCUAUGUACAGAUCUUUUGCUAAGUUCAUUAGGAACCCAUAUAAGUGAGGUUGUAGUUGUGAAGCAGUUCAUUCAGUAUUGUCAGUUUCCUGGGUACCCUUUCAUGUCAGCAGUGGACUAAUGAAACAAGUUUUAAUAACAAAAAAAAUGCUGUACUUAUUACAUAACUUUGUCCACAUUUCAAAUUAAGCCACACAUGUUGGCCUGUUAACUAGAGUGCAGAAGUUAAUGGAAGUUCUUCCAUGCUUUCAAAGCUUACCCUUACAGAAAUCAGGAUGAUUUGUUCAGGUGGAAUAAUGGAUAAAUUUUAAUUCUCCUUAUUAAAUGUUUACUGUGAUCUAAUACAAAAUGUUUAUUAGUUUACAUGAGAAACCACAAUUCAGUGGUUGCUUAAUUCACUGAAGUAGUCUUAAAAGUUUUUCAGAAGUGAUUGAUGAAAAUGAUGAAGAUAUGCUUCCUUCCUUUAUACUGUUGGAUUUGAAGUACUCUGGGGUACUACAGAAAUUAAAAUCUCUUAAGUGUAUUUACAAAGUGAUUUUGAAAGAUAUGAAACUUAAACUGUUUCCAAAGACAAAAUUGUAUCAUUGAAAGAUCAGUGACCUAUUUUGUUCACUUUUAAAAUACUAACAGUUUAUAUCCUGAAGGUAAUGUUUUUGCAUAGCAGUUAGUGGUUUUUGGUUCUGUUUUUUUCUUAUUACUGUUUCCUUUUUUUUUUCCUACUCUUUGUUAAGUAGAAAUGACAAAAAAGAGAGAUUGGGAUUAAGUAUGACUGGAAGUGACCAAGUAGGAUGAGUUAUAACAGCUCAGGAAAAUGUACCUUCUUUUCCAGCCUUCUUUUAGAGGACUCUGAAGAAGAAGAAGGUGACUUAUGUAGAAUUUGUCAGAUGGCAGCUGCAUCAUCAUCUAAUUUGCUGAUAGAGCCAUGCAAAUGCACUGGAAGUUUGCAGUAUGUCCACCAAGAGUGUAUGAAAAAGUGGUUACAGGCCAAAAUUAACUCUGGUUCUUCAUUAGAGGCCGUAACCACCUGUGAACUCUGUAAAGAAAAGUUGCAGCUUAACCUGGAGGAUUUUGAUAUUCAUGAACUGCAUAGAGCUCAUGCAAAUGAACAAGCUGAAUAUGAGUUUAUCAGCUCUGGUCUCUACCUAGUUGUGUUACUGCACUUGUGUGAACAAAGCUUUUCUGAUAUGAUGGGAAAUACGAAUGAACCAAGUACACGUGUCCGACUUCAGAGGAUGAUUCUGAAGAAGAUGGAGACCAUAACAGAACAUUUGAUAUUGCCUAACUUCAUUUAGGACAAAUGGAUGAUCUGUGAACAAGUGUUUAUUAAAACUGGCAAUUAAGUAUGAGUUAAUUUUGUGGGGGAAUGCCUAUUAAAUAUAUUGACAAUAAAAUGAAUAUAUAUUUACAUGUGUACAUGUAUGUAUAUAUAUUCAUUUUCAAGUGUUGCUGAGUUAAAAUUCUGCUGGAUCUUUUAACAUUGGCCAGCAAAUCUGAUGUUUAUAAUAUGGUAAUCAAAAACAUUUUUCUUUUAGGUGAGUAGGAAAGCGUUACCCUUGUUUUAAGUAUCUAAGCAAUGCUCACCAACCCCUUUUUGCAUUCUGAUUACUGUAGUAAUAUUUAUGGAAAAAAAUGUUUGUGUUUUAGUCUCUUGCUAGUGAGAAAGAUGGGACAAAAUAUACUUUUGAAAUUAAAUGCCAAAUGGCAUCUAAUUAAUUUUCCUUUAAAAAUUCCUUACGUUGUCACAUUUUAAUAAUCAUUUAUUUCCAGUGUUCCAAAAAUUUUUUUUAAAGAAUGGGAUGGUUAUGAAGAGCACUAUAUUAAGUUUCCAAAUUUAAUUUGAAUUCUAAAUUCACUUAGCUUUAAAACCUAAUUUUAAAAAAGUGUAAAAUGUAGAAAUGAUGGAUAAAUUUUUAUAUUGAUUUGCAAAAUGCAGAUUAUAUUUGAUAGGCCAUGAUAUGUAGGUAUUCCUUUUAGGGAUAUCACAGCUGUAAAUUAUAUCAGAAUUGCCAGUCAAAUGAUAUUUGGUUAAAAAAAAUUAUUGCAAUCUCAAGUUAAUGGAAUAUUUUUUUAAAUCCCACGAAGUUUCAGACACUGGUUUUCAAUGUGUUUUUUAGUGUUGUCACUUCUUUAUAGAUAAAUAACCUGUUUGGAUCCUGGUCAUUUUUAACUGUUACUUGGUAAUUCUGAGCAUUUAUUUGAUGAUGAUUAAUAUUUUUCACUACCUUUGCUAAAAGGUGAAAGAAGAACAUUACCUAUUCAACAUGAAUGUGUCUGCAUUGUGGGUUUGAGUUGUAUAUGCUUCCAUAACAUUGUGUUUUUCCCUGUCAGCACCUCCAGUAUGUACACUUAUCAAAUACCCUAAGUGGUUUCAGAUUAAACUCUGGUGUUAUGGCAACAAACUUUUUCAAAACCUACCUGAAACCAUGUAAUUUCUCAAAUGUGAAUGAAUAGUUUGCCCACACUUAGUUUGUUGGUCUUAUGUAAAACUUUGGCUUGAAAUAAAGUGAAUACUGAUAAUUUCAUGGUUUGAACUGUUUCCUUUUAAACCGGUGCCUUCAGAAAACUUCAGACUUAAAUAGCCAAGAAUUUUAUUAAAAUUUCAAAUCCCAUUACAUAUAAACACAAUUGCUAAAUUUUUGCCCGUUAUCUUUGCAUUGCCUUAAAGCAGACACACAGAAUUUAAAGAUGCCAGUUUGAAUAUAUUCUGUGAGUGCUUAGGUAUGCUUUGAACUUGAAAUAUUGAUACUUUUACCAUGUGGUUACGCCGUUAAUAGUUUUCUGUCACCACUUUGUAGUUACUGGAGUCUCAUAACAAUAGUGCCAUUAAUUUUGAAUGAGAUGUGUUUUGGAUUUGUAGUGGCCAAUGAACACAGAUGAUACAAGCUGGAAUCUUUUAUCUUUUCUAAUACUAUUUUGAACUACAGAAAGUGCCAUGGAAAGUCACUAUUGUUUCAGCUUUCUUCUAUUUUACUUUUUUACUCCCAAAUGAUUA